ACAUACAUAUACAUAUAUAUAUAUAUAUAUAUAUAUAUAUGGGUGAAGCAGUGGAGGUGGUGUGUGAUAACACUAGCACAAAUAACACAACUAGUGGUGUUGUUAAUGACUCCAUGAAGAAGAUCAUUCAUGACUCUUCUCCACCACUUGAUCAUGUUCAGAAAGAAGAUUGGUAUGUCGAAGAAAUCGACGAUGAUCUCAAGUGGUCUUUCGCUCUUAACCGUGUUCUUCAUAGAGGAGCAAGCAAGUACCAGGACAUAGCUCUUUUGGACACUAAACCAUUUGGAAAAGUUCUUGUUAUUGAUGGGAAGAUGCAAAGUGCUGAGAUAGAUGAGUUUAUAUAUCAUGAAUGCUUAACCCAUCCUUCUCUUCUUUGCCAUCCAAACCCAAAGAGUGCAUUUAUUAUGGGAGGUGGUGAGGGGUCAACAGCAAGAGAAAUUCUCAAGCACAAGACCAUUGACAGGGUGGUCAUGUGUGAUAUAGACCAGGAAGUAGUGGAUUUUUGCCGGAAAUAUCUUACUAUAAAUAAGGAAGCCUUCAAUAGCAACAGACUCUGCCUUGUGAUCAAUGAUGCCAAAUUGGAGUUGGAGACAAGAGAGGAGAAGUAUGAUAUCAUAGUUGGAGACUUAGCUGACCCAAUGGAAGGAGGCCCAUGCUAUCAACUUUAUACUAUCUCAUUUUAUGAAAAUAUAGUCAAGCCUAAACUUAAUCAAAAGGGCAUUUUUGUCACCCAAGCUGGACCUGCUGGUGUUCUUAGUCACAAGGGUGUUUUCUCAUCAAUUUAUAAUACUCUGAAACAAGUGUUCAAGUAUGUUGUUGCAUACACUGCUCAUGUUCCUUCAUAUGCAGAUACAUGGGGUUGGGUUAUGGCAUCUGAUGAGCCAUUUAAGCUUAAUGCUCAACAAAUUGAUGAGAAAAUUAAUGAGAGGAUUGAAGGAGAGCUGUUGUAUUUAAAUGGGGACUCUUUAAUCUCAUCCACAACCAUGAACAAGAGUGUGCAUCAAUCGCUGUUAAAAGAGACACAUGUUUAUACUGAGAAUGAUGCAAGAUUUCUGCAUGGAUUUGGGAGGGCUUGCUGUGCUUAAAAAGAGUGUCUCAAAUCUCAAUCUCAAUGUCUCAAUCUCAAUCAUCAGAGUUUCAGAUGUAAAAAAGAGAAAAACAAUUAGAAAGAUGAAUAAGUUUGGGAGUUGGGAUUCUUUACUUUUUUUUUUAUACCAACAUGUUUUACUCUUGUCAAUGGCAGUCCCUUUCUCAUAAAUAAACAGUUUUAGUCA